GUCACGAGCGGGGCUGCGCCUGCGAGAAGAAGCGUUUGAACAUGUCUCGCCUGCCGAGUGUAACCGGACGGGAUCCCCGUGCGGGUUUCAGAGCUGAGAGGGAGUGCGCUGCCUCCGUGCCCCAGGGGCUGUUGAAGGCGGCGAGGAAGAGCGGCCAGUUAAACCUGUCGGGUCGGAACCUCAGUGAAGUGCCUCAGUGUGUUUGGAGAAUAAAUGUGGAUAUUCCUGAAGAAGCUAAUCAGAAUCUUUCAUUCAAUGCUACUGAACGAUGGUGGGAGCAGACGGAUCUGACCAAACUAAUCAUAUCAAACAACAAACUUCAGUCACUUGCAGAUGACCUUCGACUCUUGCCUGCACUGACUGUUCUUGAUAUACAUGAUAAUCAGCUGACAUCCCUUCCUUCUGCUAUAAGAGAACUAGAAAAUCUUCAGAGGCUUAAUGUCAGCCACAACAAACUGAAAAUGCUCCCUGAAGAAAUUACAAAUCUAAAAAAUAUGAAGGCUCUGUAUCUCCAGCAUAAUGAAUUAACUUGCAUACCAGAGGGAUUUUCACAACUUUCCAAUCUGGAAGAUUUAGAUCUUUCGAACAAUCGUCUAACAACUGUUCCUGCUAGCUUUUCUUCUCUGUCCAGUGUGUUGCGACUCAAUCUUUCCAGUAACCUGCUGAAGAGUUUGCCAGCAGAAAUAAGUAGAAUGAAAAGAUUAAAGCAUUUGGAUUGUAAUUCAAAUCUCUUGGAAACUGUACCUUCUGAGUUGGCUGGCAUGGAAUCACUAGAAUUGCUUUAUUUGCGGAGGAAUAAACUACGUUUUCUACCACAAUUUCCUUCUUGUAGACUAUUGAAGGAAUUGCAUGUAGGUGAAAACCAGAUUGAAAAGUUAGGGGCAGAACAUCUUAAGCAUCUGAAUUCUAUCCUUGUACUAGACCUGAGAGAUAACAAGUUGAAAUCUGUUCCAGAUGAAAUUUCACUACUACAGUCUUUGGAAAGACUUGACCUAAGCAACAAUGAUAUUAGUAGUCUGCCCUGUUCAUUGGGAAACCUUCAUUUGAAAUUCUUGGCUCUAGAAGGAAAUCCUUUGAGAACCAUUCGAAGAGAAAUUAUUGCUGUAAGUAAAGGAACUCAAGAAGUCCUCAAAUACCUACGAAGCAAGAUCAAAGAUGAUGGACUUAACCAGAGUGACUCUGUUACUGAGACUGCUAUGACACUACCAAGUGCAUCCAGAGUCAAUGUACAUGCCAUCACCACACUGAAAAUAUUAGACCAUAGUGAUAAGCAAACGACUUUGAUUCCUGAUGAAGUGUUUGAUGCAGUGAAAAGCAACAUAAUCACUUCUGUUAAUUUCAGUAAGAAUCAUCUAUGUGAAAUACCAAAAAGGAUUAUAGAACUGAAGGAAAUGGUUUCUGAUGUGAACCUCAGUUUUAAUAAGCUUUCCUUUAUUUCCUUGGAGUUAUGUAUGCUUCAAAAACUGACCUUUUUAGAUCUAAGGAACAAUUUUUUAAAUUCUUUGCCUGAAGAAAUGGAGUCAUUGUCAAGACUACAAACAAUCAAUCUGUCCUUUAAUAGGUUCAAAAUACUACCUGAAGUUCUGUAUCGUAUCUCCACACUUGAAGCAAUUCUGAUUAGUAACAAUCAGGUUGGAUCUGUGGACCCUCAGAAAAUGAAGAUGAUGGAAAAUCUGACCACAUUGGAUCUUCAAAAUAAUGACCUCCUCCAAAUUCCACCAGAGCUCGGUAAUUGUGUGAAUCUAAGAACAUUACUGCUAGAUGGAAAUCCAUUCCGUGUUCCUCGGGCAGCCAUAUUAAUGAAAGGAACAGCUGCAAUACUGGAAUAUUUAAGAGACCGAAUUCCUACAUAAAUCAGAAUUGUUUUCUAAUUCUGGUUAUGUUAAUUUUUAGGAUAAUAUAACAUUUUCUUUGUUACCCUAAAGGUGAUUGCUGUAAUUGAUCUUAUAGUUUUCCCAGUAAUCACAUUGCUGUUGGUAUGGCUGGCCUGGGCUGUACUCACUGCCAGUAAGUGUUUUCAUUAACAACUAACAUUUUUCUAAAGUGUUUUACAUAUUUAUAGUGGUGUUAACCACUGAAAGCCAGGCAGUUUUCAUACAUGUUCUGAGUAUUUUCCACAUUA